AUGGAUAUCAUCGGAGCCCGCGAUGAUCCAGAUCCAGCCACAUAUGGCCGUAGCUCAGAUAGUGCAGAUACGUUAUUGAUAUUGUAUGGUUCCCAGACAGGUUCGGCCAAGAAGCUGGCCUUCCAAUUCGCCAGUGAGCUUCUGGAGAAGUACAAUAAAAAGGUCUCCGUUGAUGCCAUAGAUAAUUAUGAUUUCAGUUCACUUAUCGACAGCACUCAACAGAUGACAAUAGUAUUCUUUAUUUCCUCUCAUGGUGAGGGGGAGCAGUGUGAUAAUGCGUCGAAAACAUUCAGCUAUCUUUCAGAACUCUGCUCCGAGAAAAAGCAUCAUUUCAGAUACCUUCAUUAUGGUCUUUUUGGUUUGGGAAACUCUGCCUACGAUAUUUAUCAGGGAGCUUCUAGAGAUUUUAAGAAUUGUCUCAGUCACCUGGGCUCCACUUUACUUGGUUCAUAUGGUGAAGGAAACGACGAAAAAGGAGAAUUACUGGAAGACUAUUUACAAUGGAAAAACCAGUUCAUGCCUACUUUAGCUGAAUUCCUCAAUUGGGAGCCUUCACAAGAAACAGUCUACAAGCCUUCAAUCACUAUAUCUGAGGUUUCACCAAGAAAGCAUGCUAAUGGAGAAAUAGUAUCAUCUCUACGAGAUCUGAAUUUUCUCGAUAGGCCUCCAUACCAUGUCGCAAAACCAUUCAAAGCAAGAUUCACCAAUUUCCAAAAAUUCACUGAGGGACAGAGAUGCCAGUUUCAUUGUGAAGUCAAUUUAGAAGGAGCCAGAAUGAAGUAUCAAACAGGAGACCACUUAGGGGUCUAUCCAACAAAUCGGCAGGAAGACGUGUCUAAAUUCAUGUUUCUAUUUUGCCUCGGACAUAAAGCGGAACAAGUUGUUCAAUUGAGAUCAACGUUGCCUGUCUGGAUCCCAUCUCCCACAACUUACAAAGCAAUAGUUCAACAUUACCUAAACAUCAACUCGGCUAUAUCCUCCCAAAUGUUGCAAACAUUGGCAAAAUUCGCACCCUCCAACAUCUCCAAGGAACGCCUUUUGAGACUUUCGUCUAGGGAAUCAUUCACGAAAGAAGUGGUUGACAAACGAUUGACCAUUUGGGAGGUAUUACUAGAGGCUUCCGACGGUCAUCCUUGGCCCGAUGUCCCAUUUUCUUUUCUUAUUGAAUCGCUGGGUAAACUUGAACCAAGAUAUUAUUCAGUAGCAUCAUCAGAGCUGUUAUAUCCUGACCAAGCACAUCUCACCAUAAAAUGCGAAAGGGAGCAAGUCAAAGGCAAAAUGUUCUAUGGUGUCUGCUCAAAUUUCAUCGAAAGCAUAUGUUUUCACAAGACGGAUCAAGUUGAAAGACUUACUGAUUGGCAGACAGCCCCAGUUUUUGUUAGGAGAUCUAGCUUCAAGCCGCCUUACAAUGGGGCUAGACCAAUGAUUAUGGUAUGCGUGGGAACAGGUAUUGCCCCGUUUAGAGGAUUUGUCCAACAUCGCAUAGCCUUGUCUGCUGCAAAUGAUAUUGGAAGAAUGCUCCUUUUUUAUGGAUGUAGAGAUAAGUCCGACAUACUUUACCCCAACGAAUGGCCAAAAUAUAGCAAAGCUUUGGGAUCGAAACUAUCCGUUCAUUUUGCUUUAUCAAGAGAGGACUCUCUUCGCAAACAAUACGUUCAAGACAUUAUUCUACAGCGUUCGAAAGAAAUUUAUGACUUGUUGGAGCAAGGAGCGCAUUUCUAUGUUUGUGGAGACGCCCUGAAGCUAUCGAAUAUGAGCAAAUUAAUCAGACAGAUAUUAACGCAACAAAAGAGCAUCAAUGAAGAAGAGGCAACAAAGACGCUCAAACAAUUGAAACUGAAUGGGCGUUAUCAAGAGGACCUGUGGUGA